AUGCGAGUUCCUCUCGAGAUUCUCGAGCUCAUCCUCAAGGAAGCAGUCCAGAGCCUGUCCUACCAGGACAUUCUACGAUCCAGACUAAUCAACAGUCUCUUCAAUGAUGUACUAUGGCCAGCGAGUGCGCAUCUAGAGAAUAAGAAGUCCCUCUUCACAUCCUGGCACAAAUUUCCUUACAAGCGAAAAUACCUUUGGUACUUGAUUGAAGAGCACUGCACCCGACCAUGUAUUUUCUCGUAUUUGAUUCAGGACAUCCUUGCACUGCCUCGUGUCGCGUGCAUGAGCGUCCAAGGGCAACAUACUAUCAUCGACAAGAUGAUCGAUGCUAUUAUUCAUAGUGUAUAUGAUCCUGAGGCUCUAUAUGGACUUCACCGUCCCGGGCAUCUUAAGCCUAUGGCAAAACUCCAUUAUCCCUCAUCCUCAUUGCGUUUUGAAGGAUAUGGGGCAUUCCUGGUGCCCUCCAGACAGAGCCAGGAGUCCACGGAAACGACUCUGGAUGAAGCACUCAUCGCCAGCGCGAUCUACCGCGGGGAUCAUGUGGAGCUGCAGGCUUUACUUGAUCGGCGUAAUUGCAGUGGGCUUUGGGAUCAGAAUCUUGGCUUAGUGCCAGUGGAUCUGGCAUACAAAGAGGGUACGCGAGAGGUCAUCCGCACCCUGGUGGAGCAUGGAUGUGUGACAAUGUACACGGGCAAGUCAGCAUGGCAUUAUGAGAGCACAUGUGGUUUGGCUGUGGCUGCACGGCGAGGGGAUAAGGAGGUGCUGGAGACGUGGGUUACGCUGUUGAGCGAGCGUGCGGCACGACGUGAACAGAGUCUGUCCUGUGAACUGCGCACGGCUGUGCUGGGGGCACUGCGAAUCGGCAAAUUUGAGAUGGUUGCGGUGUUAGAGAAACAUAUUGAUUGGACGCGGUCGGAUAUGAAACUACUCUGGUUUCAAUCUUUCUAUCAGGCUGUCGAGAACGGGAUGCUGGAUUCUUUGCAAUGGCUUCUAUCUCGGGAAGGAUCUUCUCUGGCGAGACAGACUACGGAGUGGCACAAGACACCGCUGUUCAUUGCACUGCAAGACUGUCCUGUCGAGAAAAGACUAGCAAUGGUUGGGCUCUUACUGGGUCAUGGUGCGGAUCCUGACGGGGGUGAAGUCUCACGUACUCCACUUCAUAGAGCCAUUGAAAAUGGAGAAGAGGAGAUCGCGAUGUUGCUAUUGAAUGCAGGGGCCGACCCAAACGUGGUCGGAAGAAGAGGCCCGCCGCUACAUAUGGCCACUAAGUGGGGAUAUCCACGGUUAGUGCGAUGCCUUUUAAAACACAACGCACGACGCAACUACCAGUUCAAGGGGAUGGAAUACGUGGUAUAUCAGGAUUCCAGGGUGGUUGGGAACAUUAUGCGACUGCUGGGGGAGCUAGGGUUGGAGGAAGAGCCGGUACAGGGGGAAUAUUAUGUGCUAGGCCAGAAAUGUACUCGAUAG